AUGUUCAUCAAUAGAAUCAUUCCAAAAAAUUAUACAAAACAUCGUGUUGAAUCCGCCAUAGGCAUUCUGAAAGGGUUUUCACAGGGUUUUGCCAACGGGGAUUUGUAUGAAAAUGACAUUAUUGAUAUUGUUGACGAAAUUCUAAAGGCAAAUAACCUUACAGUACCAGAAAUUAUGGCCGAAAUUGGUUUGGGCUGCGAAGAUUAUUUAAAACGAUACCGCUUUGGGAUGAACGUAUUUGAAUGUUCAUUGAAUAAUUGCACCGAGUGGCGAAAUAUACGUAGUAUUUAUGGAGUGUGUUGUACAUUUAAUUUUAACCCAAAUGAUUUGUCACAAUCGGUUGUUUCAAAUGAUUGGGGAAAACAUAGUGGAGUAAGCAUAAUUCUCGAUGGUAAAAUGGUCACAAAAUCUGGUUUUAACACAUUUGUUCAUAAUGUCGCUGAAUACUUGACAAAAUCAACAUCAAUUAUAUCACUUCUGCCGGGCUAUGAUAAUUUCAUUCGCGUUCGUCCACAAUUUAACAUUCCAUCCCAACACUUUUUGAGCUUACCAUUUGAGUCCAGGCGAUGUUUUUUACCACAAGAUAGAAACCUAACACUCUUCCAACAGUCACGAUGUCAAAAUAUGGAAUUUGGGAUGGCAAUUCGGAACGAGUGUGGAUGUCAUCCAUAUUUCUUACCUCAAUUUGACAACGCAGAAAAUACCACGGAAAAUUGUACAAUUCAAGACAUUCGUUGUUUCAAAUAUGAUUCAGCUUUUUGGAAUCACAUUUCAUCUGACUGUUUUCCGUCAUGCCAUGAUCUAUUUUAUCGGUUAACCACUUCGCAGACAAUGCUUCAGAGUCACGCAACAGUCAUGACGCUAUAUAAAAAUAUUACACAAAGUAAUGCAUCGCACAUUUUCUCGGCGCAUAUUUUCUAUGGAGUUCAUAAUGUCAAAGUGCUCAAAUGGAUAUUGGUUAUUACUUGGCUUGAUUUGAUUUCUAACCUCGGCGGAAUUUUGAAUUUAACACUGGGAAUCAGCGUCAUAUCAGUAUUUGAAGUUAUCUAUUAUUGUAUUUACAAACCCAUUCAAUUUAUACGAAAACACGACAUCGUAGUGUGA